GGGGCGGUGGGGGGCGGCGGCCGGCGAUGAGCGGCCGGAGAGAGUGAGCGGGCCGGCGGCGAGGCUGGGGGGCCGCGGAGAGCGAGCCGCAGGGCGGAGGGCAGGGGCGCGAGCGCGGCGGGCUGCGGGCGGCGGCCAGGGCGCGGCGGCGGCGGCGGCGGCCAGGGCGCGGCGGCCAAGAAGAUGGCGGACGGCGACAGCGGCAGCGAGCGCGGCGGCGGCGGCGGCGGGCCCGGCGGCUUCCAGCCCGCGUCCCGCGGCGGCGGCGGCGAGCAGGAGACGCAGGAGCUGGCCUCGAAGCGGCUGGACAUCCAGAACAAGCGCUUCUACCUGGACGUGAAGCAGAACGCCAAGGGCCGCUUCCUCAAGAUCGCCGAGGUGGGCGCGGGCGGCUCCAAGAGCCGCCUCACGCUGUCCAUGGCCGUGGCCGCCGAGUUCCGCGACUACCUGGGCGACUUCAUCGAGCACUACGCGCAGCUGGGCCCCAGCAGCCCCGAGCAGGUGGCGGCGGCGGCGGCGGCCGAGGAGGGCGGCGGGCCGCGGCGCGCGCUCAAGAGCGAGUUCCUGGUCCGCGAGAACCGCAAGUACUACCUGGACCUCAAGGAGAACCAGCGCGGCCGCUUCCUGCGCAUCCGCCAGACCGUCACGCGCGGCGGCGGCCCCGCGCCCGGCGGCCUGCAGAGCGGGCAGACCAUCGCGCUGCCCGCGCAGGGCCUCAUCGAGUUCCGCGACGCGCUGGCCAAGCUCAUCGACGACUACGGCGGCGACGACGACGAGCUGGCGGGCGGCGCGGGCGGCGGCGCGGGCGGCCCCGGCGGCGGCCAGUACGGCGAGCUCCCGGAAGGCACCUCCAUCACGGUGGACUCGAAGCGCUUCUUCUUCGACGUGGGCUGCAACAAGUACGGGGUGUUCCUGCGCGUGAGCGAGGUGAAGCCGUCCUACCGCAACGCCAUCACCGUCCCCUUCAAGGCCUGGGGCAAGUUCGGGGGCGCCUUCUGCCGGUACGCGGAUGAGAUGAAGGAGAUCCAGGAGCGCCAGAGAGAUAAGCUUUAUGAGCGACGCGGCGGGGGCAGCGGCGGCGGGGACGAGUCUGAGGGCGAGGAGGUGGACGAGGAUUGAAGCACGCAGCUUCCCCGACGGGCCUCCACCCCCACUUCCGUCCCCUCGUCUAAAGAGCUCUCUUCCCUUCUCAUCCCCAGUGAGCUAGUGGGGGGGGCAAGGGAGGCCCACAGGGAGAAAACAACACUUAAAAUAAUGUAGUUCAUUACGAGAAAUAACCAUAAGAGAACAGUCACGGACAAUUCGAGAAAAGCAGUCAAGUUCCAAGGAGCUGACAGCAACCUGCAAGAACAGCGUCUCCUCACCUGAGCAAACUAGGCCCAGCUUCUGUGGUUUCCCGGCUGAGGUUCCUGAACGCACCAGGGUCCUCCCACAUCCUGGGCCAAGGGACACUUCUGAGUUACCCAGACCUCGUGAUCACAGCUGAACUUGUGUUGUACUCGGGAACCUAAAGAUCUCCAGACCUUCCUAUUGCAGUGUCUGUUCCUUCACCUCCAUUGAAAUCAGCAUUUUGGAUUUAGGUCUUCACGGAAUUCUUGAGAAGAGAGAGACCUUUGCAGUUACCCAGUUCUGAGGGUACAGGUUUAAUGAAAAGGAAUGCAACUUUAAUCAUGGACAGGGCAAAAUAUGAAUUCAAAAAGUCACCGGGGAAUACAGAAACAAAUUGGAUCCAUUUUGUUUAAGAUGGUUUUGCACCACACCUGGACCAAGGCCAAUGUCUUGUCUUGGCUGAAUUGUCUUCCAGGAUGCAAAUGGAUUCAGCUGUCAAACCUUGAACUAGAAUUGGUUACUAAAAUAUUUUAAAAGUUGGCAAAAUUUUUUGAAGAUGGAAGAGCAGUUUUACAUCGGGGUUGCUGAGAUAGGCACAAGAAAAAAUCGGGCAUAAAGCACAAGGAAAAAACUGUUUGAGUGGAUUGGUUGCUGCUCACUAAAGUUCUUCCCCCUGAUCUCUCAAACAUGGAGGUCAUUACCAAGAAAUGGCUUAGGUAUGAAUGAGAGCCAGAUCCCUGUGGCUCCACCAUGGGAGCCAGUGAAUUAAGGCUAAUUUGGCUGUUUCGGCCACUGGUUGUCUGGAUUUUAAACCACAAAACUUGAAAAAGGAACAGUGUGGCUACAAGCCUGAGCUUUAAUGGAAUAUACAUCUAACAGAAAAGUUGGAAAUAACGAAAACUGAAGUCUUCCUCUACCUUCAGUUUAAUCUGUGGAUUUGUUCAAAUACUAAAGAUCCUCAGGUCCAGAAUUCCAGCAUCAUUUAUUCUUUUUAAAUAAAAUUUUAAAAACUUGAUCCAUUGUAUCAGUACCUCACAAUCCAAGUUGGCAAAAGAUGGAUGUGUGUCUAGCAAGCAGUGAGCCCUUUGGAAGCUGAAAUCCACCCGAAUGGAGCCGAAGUGAGCGUGAAUAUGCUGACUAUAUCCUGGAAGCGUUUUUAUACCAUCUUGAAAUUUCAACAAAACUGGCUUUUGCCAGUUUAUCCAGCUGUCUUUCAAGAAUAAAAGUUGGGGUUUUCAAGGAUCGCCUCUUAUAUAUUUUAAACGGAUUUUUAGUAGAAGUGAUUUUACUAAUCAAGUUAAUGCCACCCAUCAAAAGGUAUUUGAGUGUCAUAGACCUAGGUAACUUUGAAUCAAAUGGGAGCUAUGUUCUUUCCAAAGUUUUUCAGGUAUGCUUUGUGCAACACCUCAACCAAGAGGCAAAUAACCCCACCUCCACAAUCUUAGUGGUUGUUUUUUUUUUUUAACUGCAUGACUGCCCUUUAUUUGAGCUGCCUUUUAAUUUAUUGCAUACCCUUUUUAUUAUCUUAUUUUGGUAUUAUUCAAUAUAUACAAUCUUUUUGUAUUUAUUAGGAAAUAAGUAAUAUACAAAAAGGUCGUUUUCAUGCAUUGUGGCUGAGAGGGAGGGAAAUAAUUAUGUAUAUAAAAUUAGGCUUUUUUAAAAAUUAGACUGUGAUUCAGAAUAUUAUUAAUCUUAGAUUUAAAAAAAAAAAAGUGGAAGAGCCACAAACAUUGGUGCCCUUUUCAGACAAUUUCUCUACUCUCAUCGUCCACAGUAGAGUUUUUAAACCGAUUUUUUUAAAGCUUUUCUUUUUUUAAAAAAUUUUCUCCGUUGCAAAGAAUGUUUCCUAAAUUGUAUGGGAGCAAUAGUAUUUUCGAUGUUUUCACGACAUCCGUGUACUUGUACUGUAUUUUGUACUACAAGGCAGCUGUUUCCAAUGAUGUCCUGCUGUAUUUACCUAUGUGUUUUGAGUGUUUUAUUUCUUUGCUGCGGAGAACAAAUCCCUAAGCAGUUUAGUAAAGGAGCUGAGAAACUAGCAUUAGGUUUGCAGAAACUGUUUAGUUUCGAACUUUGAGGCAGCAAUGAAAAUUAAGGUUGCAGCUAUUAGUUGACCGCUGUAACUUUUGUUUUGAAAUCCUGUACAAUUCCUGUAUAGACCAACUUGUUUUCUUGCUUCAGUGGUGGUUCUGUUGCUCAGCUGCAGUGAGCCAGUUCAAUUUUGCAAAGGUGCGGUACCUCUCCUUUUUAAGGGGUUGGUUUACUCUUUUUUUCUGUUCUUUUGUUUGGCUGAAUUGCAGUAACUAGCCUUGCCUUUCUAUUCUGUAGAAAUGACAGGGUCUUCACACUCCUCACCAGUGGCUACUAAGCUAUAAUUAGCUGAAUAGAAAGAAUGUGGAAGUGGUCUGAGGCAUAUAGAAUAUAUGCCAAGAACACUACCAUAUAUGGGAUCAGCUUUGGUUACCAGAGAAAUUUUCUUAGUCAUUAGACCAUAUAACAGUAAUAUAUCAUAUGUAAAUCUUUAGAUAAUCAAUUUGAGAAUCCUCCAAAAAAAAGGAGCAAAGAAUGCAUAAGCUAUGUGUUGGAAAAGUAAUUUAUAUUAAAAUUUUUGACCUGCCUAUGUAAGAUUAAGUGGUAAAUGUCAUAGUGGUGGGUUUUAAGUCUUAACCAAUCUCAAAGGUUUGUUUCUCCUGCAGGGUGGUUGAUGGCCUCUCUUCCUACUGCAGGAAGGUUACAGAAGGAUGUGGAUUGAUUGUAGCAUUUCACUGAUCCUCCUUCCAGUCACUAGGGACGAUAGAAACUACACUUUUAAUGUGUGGUUUGUUAAACAAGGUGGUAUUAAUGGGCCAUCUUUUAGAAUUCGGUCGUAGAUAUUGCUUAUUAAAGGAAAUAAUCUAUAUUAAAUCCAAGCAGAAAAUCUUUUGUUUUCAACCACUGCUAUACACAGUGAUUUAGGGCUUGUUUUUGACUUUGGCAAACAUUGCAGCUAAUGACAUGUUCAAAAUCGUCAUAUUCCAGAGAAAUAGGGAAGUAAAAUUUAUUUCCUAAUAAUUGGUAGAAUGUUCAUUUCUCAAACUGCUGCAAUUACAGAAGUAAAAAGUCCACAAUUUUAGGAACAGAAUUGAAAGAGCAAGAAACUCUGAGUAUAUCCCAUAAUUCCUUUCUGGUUUCUAUUGUCCCUACCUGUCAUUCAUGUAGAACUACAGUUCUCAUCAGCAAAGGAAGUUGUCAGUGCAUAUGCCGCACAGAGCAGAGUGUAAAUCUGGAUGGCACCAAAAAUCAAAGCGAAAACCAAACCGAAACCCAGACCCCUAUGUCACGAUGGGAGGCAUGUAGGUGGUACAAUGACUGUAGCUGUGAGACAGACACGGCUACCUGUCAGGUCACUGUCCAUAAUGUUUACUGCAAAAUGAUUGAGAGGCCUUCAGUCCAGGCAGCCGUUAACCUGCUUCCUUUGUAACCUCUCCAUCAUUUUGCAAUAAAUUGCAGGUCUUUUAAGAGAUUCAAGCUUCAGUUUUCUCAAAACAAAACAAUUAUCCUGUCUUACCUGAAAAUGCAGGGUUGUGGGCAGAAGAGGCUGGUUAUAAUAAUGCCCUCAUAUUGAGUGGUCUGUAAACGGCUGCACACUUCAGGCACUAUAGUUGCUGAGGAUGCUUUGUUAAAUGUGACCUUGACUGGCUUUACAGGGGGGUAUAGAAUGAUCUACACAAGGUAUUAAAAGGUGACAGUUUGCUUGCGUCUACCUUGCCUUGAGGUGGAUGAAAUUAAGGAGACGCUUGAGUGUGUAAGCUAUGCACAUAAGUAUUCUUCACUGUAAAUUUUUUUUCAUUUUAACCCAGUUAUGGUACUUUGUCUAAUGCACAACUGAUCUCUCAGUAGAUAUUCAUUUGAAAAUAGUGUGGCCUUGAUCGGUGAGAAGGGGAAGGAGAAAGUGACUUUUGCUUAUGUGAAAAUGACUCAUUUGCCAAGAGUCUUUCUGCAGUACUCUUAGUACCUAAUGUGUUUGUGAUUGGUCUCCUUUUUGAUUGGGGAAAUUUAAUGGUUUUGAUCUGGGAGUUAUUAAUUCAAUUGAGUUGUCUUCUAUUUUUAGGAAGUAUCAGAAUUGCUCUAAUAAGUACAAAGUUGAUUGCUUUGAUGUCCAAUCUCAGGUUUUAGAAUAUAUAUAGUGGUGUAAAAUCCCACUGUUAACUCUUUAAAAACUAUUUUAAUUUAAUACACCCUUAAAAGUCACAUGCAUAAGGCCUGUUCAGAGGGCAGAGCCUCCCAUCUUUUUGCUCCUUUUCCAUUUUGUACUUCACUUGAGAAAGUGUGGAGUGAUUUUACAUUGUAUAUUGCCAUUUUAACCCUGACAUAUUUCUCAAGAAAAAGCACUUUUUGAUCAUGAAAUACACGGACUCUUUGUGUGAUGUGGAUCAUGGUUUCUCAGGCUCCCCUAAGGAUAAUCUGCUUAUGAAUAUUAUUCUCUGUGUAUGAAGAGUAGAAAUCUUUCCUAAUGUUAGCAAGUUUGUAUUAUUGACCCAGAAUGCAUUUUGCUAGCUUCCAGUGGAUGGGAUAGUGAACAAUGCUGCAUUCACAGUUUAUAAGUUUCUUUCCCAUGAGCCUUAAGGUAACUUUUUUUUGUCAGUAACAGCACUGAAGUUCUAGUAAAUGAAUGAGAUUCAGUUUUCAGGGUUAGUUUUAGAGUACUGUAAAUCAGUUAGAUGUCUUCAUAAACAGUUACUAUUCCCAUUGAAUAAACUGAAUAAUGAGUAUUUAGGUGGGGCUGGGGGCAGAGAAAGAUAGUUUGUAGAAAAGAAAAAACUCAUUUACCUUAAGAAAAAUAUAGACAAAAAAGAAAAAGUUCACGUCGAUCCCCUGUUUGAAAUUUCCAAAUAUAAGAUAGAAAUGGCAAAUUAUAACUUCAUUUCCCAUUUUUAAUCUAGAAAAGUAGCCAUUAAUUUUUAAAUGUUAGACCCCAGAAGUUUCAAGAGAUAGAUUCUUGAUACAGCUAACUUUGUUACUUAGUCACCAUUCCCAGCCCUCAUUCUUAAAACUUAGUUUCAUCAGACUCUUAUUUCAACAAAUGUGGUCUAAUUAUCAGUACCAAAAAUUAAAUUUGGAAAAUGAAAAAAAUUACGAAAUUGCAUCAUGAAGAUUUAUUAAGUAAUUUCCAAUUGUUAUCUGUACGUCUGAUCCAAGUAAGACCUUUAUGAAUGUAUAUUUCCUAAUGAAAUAGGAAAUAUGUCAUCAGUGUAAUCACCUUUAUUCACAAUCUUUUGCUUUUCAUUUGAAAAUCUAACUCAAGCCUCUUGAAUUAGACAUUCCAAUUGGGACAGGCAAAGCCAUGUUAGAAAAGCAGCAAGAGAAUAUGACUAUUUGUAAUUAACAGAGUUUGAAUCUAGGAGCAAGUUUCAUUUUCUCUGUUAUAUGUAAAGUGUCUCUGUCAUUGAUGAGAGAGGGCUGGUUAUGUCUUUGGUAUGAUGAAAUGUGGGCUCAGAAUACUGGAGAGAAAACGAUAGACCUGCCCAAAUUGUCCACUAGCAUGUUUUUUUCCUAUCUUCAUUCAUUUCAAUGGCUAACUCUUUCAGGAAAAUUGAUUUAGACCAACCCUUAUUCCUUAAAGGCAAACUUUUGUCCCCACUCAUACCCUGUGUCACAAAAUCAGGUUGAUUCAAAAAAAAUCUUUAUAUUUGAAAAUAUUAGAGCAAGUAUAUAUUUCCCCUUUUAAAAUUGCUUUUUUGGGAACAUAUAACUGCGGGGAGAGUCCUAAGAAAAUUGAAAAAAUUCUGUCACUAAGCACAUGUGUAGGAAUUUGGGAGUUUCAUUUCCAGCUCUUCAGAUAAUGAGAUGUAAACCCUUUUCUCCCAGUCCACAUGCCACCUCUGUUAUAAAAAGCUCUGUGAUUUCCUAGAAGUUAAUAGAUUGGGCAAGUGCAGAAACAUUUUACAUCAGAGCAGGGCUUACUUAUAAAGAGUGGGCAGUUUUGCAUGUUAUGGUAGCAGGCCAAGUAUAUUUUGAGUUUUUUCAAUUAUCAAUAUUUGAAUAAUAUUAAGAUUAAAGUUCUAGGGAAAUUUAUGGGGAUUUAUGCUUCCUUUUGCAACUACAUGCAGGUGUUUUUCCAUGAUCAUUUUUAAAAGUCCAUUUGUAUUCUGGGAUGUUUCCAGUCAUAUCUAUCAGGACUUCCUUACAUUAGAUUCUUCACUCCAAAGUGAGGCUAUGUCCUGCUGGUAGAGAAUCUAUAGGCAUUGUUUGAAUGAAGUUAAAACCAAAUCUUGACAGCAGGAGACAGCUUCCUGAUCUAAUCAGAUGUACAAGUAGAGUUAAGGUUGGAAGUCACUUUACAAUUGAUCUUAGCUGAAAGGCUGAGAAGCUAUGGAAGUUACUUUAAAGGGGGUUUUGGGGUGUCUUCAGUCUGUAAAUACCCACCUGCUGUGCAUUGUAAACCAAGUGUGUGUUCUUAUGUGUGAAUUUGUAGGACUGACUUCUGCUUCAAAAGAAGCUGCACCUUUAAAUGUAUAAGGUCCCCUCCACCUGUAACCCUAUAAAUACUUGUAAAUAGAACACUAAAAUUUGUAGUGAUAGGAUCAACUUGGGAAUAUCUGCUGAGAGACCAAAAAGUUCAUUUUUUAAAGUACCUUGAUUAAAGAGUAAAGAUUAUUCCUCUUAUUUUUUAAAAGAAGAAUGCACUUUAACAAACAGCUGCAUGGGCAAUUCAAACAAAUCCGUAAAGUGCAGUAUCCAUUCAGAAACCAUACUUCCUGGAAAUGUUCAAAAGCAGAGUCUAGAUGGGCUGUUGAUCUCACUGCCUGGAGGUUGAAGCUCAGAUUGCGGUCAAUUUUGAGAUGAGCAGGGCUGCUUCAGACAGGUCUCUAAAAUGGCGGGUCCCGUAAUUACCACUAACUAGCAAAACUGACAGAAAAACUCACAGAGAAAAAAGUUUAAGAAUCCUUACUGCUGGUGUGUACUCCUUACAAUAGCAGACUUUUGCAAAUGGAGUUUUACAGUCUAUAUUUAAAAAAUUGUAUGUUUGUAACAAAUAAAGUAUGCGGAAAAGUGAAUGACAA